AUGCGGCGGCACGCCUGUGCAGUGUACUUUCGCUUGGAGACGUCCCGCGGCAUAGAAGUGACACUUGCUGAAGCCAAAACUAAAGUUGCCCCGUUGAAAACACUAUCUAUUCCUCGUCUCGAACUGAAAGCGGCAGUUUUGGGCGUACGCUUGAUGAACACGGUCCUGAAACGUCAUACCUUCGUGGUUUGUCAACGCUACUGUUGGAGUGAUGCAACCACUGUCCUCGCGUGGGUGCGCUCCACCGAUCAUCGGCGUUAUCAUAAAUAUGUACCCGUUAGGGUCGGCGAGAUCUUGUCAUCCACGCAACAAUCCGAGUGGCGCUGGGUCCCAACCAAGCUCAAUGUUGCGGAUCUCGCUACAAAGUGGGACAACGGUCCGCAAAUUACCAUGGACAGUCCCUGGUUUCAGGGCCCGACCUUUCUCUACGAGCUCGAAGAGGGCUGGCCCAAGCAGCGAACGAUUGCCUCAACCGAGCAAGAGCUUCGUCCGUCCCAUUUUCAUGCCGCACACUUCUCUUCGGACAUGGCAUUCAACCGAUUUAAUCGAUGGACCAAGAUGCAGCGUGUAGCUGCAUAUGUUCUUCGCGGGUUGAACAACUUCCCCAAGCGCCGAUCGAGGGAAAACCUGCAACUCGGAAACCUAACAAGCGACGAACUUCGACGAGCAGAAGAAAUCCUCCUGAAAACGGCACAAAGCGAUUUCUACGCGGAGGAAAUUGCAGUUUUGGCUAAGACUCAAGGUCCACCCGAGCAGCGUCAUGCAAUCGUGGACAAAUCCAGCUCUAUCUACAAGCGGUGGCCAUACCUGGACGAGAGCGGAGUUCUGCGAAGUCGGGGACGAAUUGGUGCGGCACCAUACGUACCGGCCGAAGCUAAGUUCCCAAUCAUCCUCCCCAAACAACACCUAAUCACCUUCCUUAUUGUAGACUGGUACCACCGCCGUUUCCGUCAUGCCAACCGAGAAACCAUUUUCAACGAAAUCCGCCAACGGUUCGAGAUUUCAAACCUGAGACGACUACUGGAGAAAGUUCAGAAAGCGUGCGCUUUCUGUCGCGUAGCGAAGGCGAUGCCAACGCCACCACCAAUGGCUCCGCACCCUGAGAUGCGCUUGACGGCUUUCGUUCAGCCCUUCACGUUUACCGGACUAGACUAUUUCGGGCCGAUACUGGCGAAGGUGGGUAGGGGCAACGUGAAGCGCUGGGUGGCACUAUUCACGUGCCUCACGACUAGAGCAAUCCACAUGGAGGUGGUACACUCGUUAAGCACGGAGUCCUGUAUCAUGGCAGUGCAACGUUUUGUGGCACGCAGAGGCAUCCCAAGGGAAUUCUGGACCGAUAAUGCUACCUGCUUCCAAGGCACCAGCAACGAGAUGAGGGCGCUAAAAGAAGCUAGAGACAAGGCUUUAUCCACAAAGUUCACGACCUCCCAAACUACCUGGAAGUUUAUACCCCCAGCGGCACCACACUUGGGCGGUGCGUGGGAGAGAUUAGUUCGGUCGGUCAAGGUAGCGAUUGGAGCGGUUAUGGAUGGCCCACGGAAACCCGAUGACGAGACACUGGAGACGAUUCUCCUGGAAGCGGAGGCCAUGAUCAACUCCAGGCCUCUCACCUUCAUUCCGCUGGAAUCUGCGGAUCAGGAGGCAUUUACCCCAAACCAUUUUUUGUUGGGCAACUCUUCUGGCACGAAGUUCCUACCCACCGUAAAGCUGGACAGUCGUUCAACACUCCGAAGCAGUUGGAAGUUGGCCAGGUACAUCACCGAUGAGUUCUGGCGCAGGUGGCUAAAGGAGUACCUCCCCGUAAUCACACGAAGAUGCAAAUGGUUCAAGGACGUGAAAGAUCUGGAGGUAGGUGACCUAGUUUUGGUGGCUGACGGAGCGGCACGGAACCAGUGGGCUAGGGGGAGGAUCGAGAGGGUGAUUCCAGGACGAGACGGCAGAGUACGACAAGCAUUGGUUCGGACAUCGUCAGGAACCCUACGUAGACCAGCGGUGAAGUUAGCUGUUUUGGACGUCGAGGUGAACAGUAAACCUGGCAUCGGUGACCCCGGAUCUUGA